AUGAUAUUAAGAAUUCGUUCAAAAGAUGGGAUGCAAAGGAUCUCAGUCGAUGAACAGGCAGAUAUGAAGAUUGUUGAGAUCUGUGGAGAAAAAGAUUUGGAGAAAAUCGAAAUUUCUAAAGAUCCGUAUAAAAAACGUUGCUUUUCCUCUUUAUCAAAUGGAAAGACAGUGAAGAGUUUAGGGUUUGAACAUGGGGAUAUUGUUUAUAUUCAUAUAAAGGAGAAAGAGGAGAAUUUUUGUUCUUUAGAGGAGAAGAUGGGAGAAGAAAUGUAUUCGUUGUCUUAUGAUGCAUGUAAACAAGUUAUUCAGGAUGCUGUGGAUGAUUUUCUUGAUACACAAGACGGAAAAUUAGUAAAUACCCGAAGUGCAUUAUGUAAACAUGGAUCGAAAGGGAUGUGCAAUAAUUGUGUACCUUUAGAUCCAUAUGAUGCGAAUUAUCUUAAACAAAAUAAGAUUAAGCACCAAUCGUUUCAUUCAUAUCUUAAAAAAAUAUAUAAAAAUAAUAAAAAUUCAAUACCAGGAGCUCUUUUGGUUGAGCCAUUUUAUGGGAUUAAAAAAGAUUGUCAGGUAGGACAUAAACCAUGGCCUCAUGGAAUUUGUACGAAAUGUCAACCCUCUGCUGUGACACUUCAGCCACAGGAAUUUAGAAUGGUUGAUCAUGUGGAAUUUUCUGAUUCCUCUAUAAUUGAUACAUUUUUAAAUUAUUGGAGAUUGUCAGGACAUCAAAGAUUUGGUUUUCUUUAUGGACGAUAUAAGCCUUAUGAUUCAGUCCCUUUAGGAAUAAAAGCAGUUGUAGAGGCAAUAUAUGAACCUCCACAAGAAAACGAAACGAAUGGGAUUUCUUUAGAUCUUCCAUGGAAUGAUGAAAAUACUGUUGAUGAAAUUGCUCAUUUUUUUGGACUCAAAAAGAUUGGAAUGAUAUUUACUGAUUUAACAGAUGAUGGAUCUGGAAAAGGAACAGUAAUUUGUAAACGGCAUAUGAAUUCUUUUUUUCUUUCUUCUUUAGAGAUUGUUUUUGCUUCAAAAAUGCAGUUAAAGCAUAAAAAUAUUUGCAAAUGGAGUAAAACAGGUGAAUUUAGUUCAAAGUUUGUAACGUGUGUUGUUUCGGCCAAUAAAGAUGGUGAUAUUGAUAUUUUUGCUUAUCAAGUAUCAAACUCUGCCAUGGCAAUGGUGGAUGCCAAUAUUAUAGAGCCUAGUAUUGAUCCAAAUAUAAUGUUAAUUCGAAAAGAAGAACCUGAUGUUUAUAUACCAGAGGUAUUUUUUCAAAAAAUUAAUCAAUAUGGAAUACAGGUUCAAGAAAAUGCAAAAUCAGCAUUUCCUGUAGAAUAUCUUUUAAUCACUUUAACUCAUGGUUUUCCGAUGAAUCCUGAUCCUAUUUUCCCUCCUACAUUUAAUACUUUUAUAAUUGAAAAUAGAACUUCUAUUGGACAAGUACAGAAUAUAUAUGCUUUGGCUGAGAAAAUUAAACCUAUUAUUGAACAUCCUGAUGGAGAUAUAUUAAAAACAUUUUGUGAUUUUCAUUUUUUGACUUAUUUAUGGACUCUUGGAAUUUUAAAUAAGGAUGACGGUUCACUUUUUAUUAAAUGUAUUAGAGAAAAUAAUAUUACAAAUAUAUAUAGCUUAUUAGAUACACCAAGUUGGCAAACACUUAUAACAAUUCUUCAUGAAAGUAACUUGCUUUAA